GCGUGCCGCCAAAUUGCAUGAUAAAUGUGUCGAGGAGUAAACAUGCACGUUUUCCAACACGUGAAAAGGUGAUUACACGUUGCCGCGACAUCGCGGCUUCAGAAAUCGAAUAAUAUGAACGAAAACGAACUUCGUGUGCUGCUGAGUGGCCUGCGAGUAUCGAAGCAAAAGGGCGAGCUCGACACCAAUGAGAAACUCUCACAACAAACUGUCAAAUGGCGAAAUACUUUGGAGUACAGUGUUUUGGAAACAUGCGCCAGGCAUUAUAGUGAAGAGGUCAGACUGGAGAUGCUGGCACUCUUGGUGGAAUCGAAGAAAAGCACAUUGCACUUUACACGCAUGGAACUUGACAUAAUUCUAUUGUUUUUGAACUAUAAUUUGUGUGAGAAGAUGGAAUAUAUACCCUUUGUUAAAAAGGCUUUGAAACGAUUAAAAGACAGUCUGGCUGUUAUGCGGAGACAAUUGUCCCAGGAACUGAAAAUGAGAAGUCGAUACAAGGAACAAGAUGUCGCUUCAGAAAUGUAUGAAAAUGUCUUUGCUUUGUCUCAUCAAACAUCUGAGCAAAUUGAACGGGAUAUAAAGGAUUACGUCAUGUUUUUCAUAAACUUGCGUGAUAUUUGCGUGAGCAAUUUGUAUCCAGAUGCGACGUACACGCGCAGACGUUCUAGCUUGCAAAUACUUUUGUUGAUGCAACAUCUCCUUUGCAAUGAAUUCCAAGAUAUCGAAUGGGAGAAAGAGCAAGUCGAGACGAUAUUCCAGUGUUUGCUGCUGGAUACAUAUGAACCAAAUAAAGAAAUGGCAUAUCAGAUAAUAAAGCCAAUGAGUCCGGUAUUGUUACACUUAGAUUCAGAAUCCCAGGUUCGAUUAAUUGUUGAAGUCGCGCUUCAAUUGGGUAACAGCAUACGACCUAUAGACAGUGUUACAGCUGUGUACAUGUUAAAAAUAUCCGAACUGUCCCCUAUUAUAAGAAAUGUACUUUGCGAUUACUGCAACGUAGAGGACAAUGUUGCAGAAAUUAUAACAUUGCAAUUAGUACUGCUGCUAUAUAAAAAAUUGCAGGAUGCGUUAGUUUUAGCGAAAAAGAACAUAGGAAAAGUAAUCGUUAAAAAUUCUUUGUAUGGAUAUUUAUUUUGUAUGAGAAGCUUACUUUCAGACUGUGACUUGAGAGGCACAGGAGCGAACAAAUUAUGGCAAAGUACUGUAGCUAAUAUUAUAUUAUUGUGCUUUGAAUUGAAUCAUUCUGUUUCUGUGGUGGUAAAUAAUUCCUCACCGGAAGGACACUUACCGAUGGACUUGAAGGCGCUAAAUUUAGAUGAUGAGUCAUCUCCCGAAAAGAAUAUCAUAACGCCACAAAUGGUGCUACUUUGUUCUUGGCGUACUGUUAAAGAAGUCAGUCAGUUGUUUGGUAUAUUUGCCACCAAGGCAUCGAUACAAACUGCUGACUGUCUAGAUGGAUUACUAACGGAGGAACAAAUUGAACAUAUAAUGAAACAUUUAGUCUCGUUAUUGUGCGAAACGAAACAUAGAGGCGCGUUUGAACAAGCGUACGUUGGUUUUCAUCAAUUAUGCACGCGGCUGUGGCGAUUAACAAACACAAAUUUAAAUGCGCUCCCUAUGCAUUGGCUCCAUGAUAUCUUGGUAGGUAUUACAGGAUUAAUGCCAGGAUAUACGAAAUUGUGUGCGACAAGGAGAAGCGCGGGUGUUCCAUUUAUGAUACAGGCAGUAUUAUCAUCGGAACCAAAAAUCCAUACUAAUUCAGAAGUCUCGGCGUUUCACUCGGUUAUGAAAAUUUUAUUACAAUUCUCGCAGCUUGAGAGUACAAUUAAUCUAUGGCAGCAAGUAAAGAGUAUAAUGUAUCGAAAUACAAUAUUUACCAAGUACGAGCAUUUAGCCAAACCAAUAAUAGAAAAUAGAAAUGAGUAUCAAUAUAAGGAAAUUAAACUUGACAUGACCGAGAUAAAAACUCACUCCAUGAAUAUUCUCAGAGCUUUAUUCAGACAUUCUCAACUCGGAGACAUGGUUAAGAAUUAUAUUGCGGAUGGUUUGAUGGUCGCCUUUAGAAAUUAUGAAAGUAGAACAUGGGCAGAACGUAACGCGGCUACGUUAUUGUUUAGCGCGCUUAUAAUUCGAGUUUUUGGAGUUCAAAGAACCAAGGAUCACAUCAAUUUGACGACAGAUAAUAAAAUGACAGGAAGAAUAUUUUUUGAAAGAUAUCCCAGUCUGUUGCCCUUUACUCUGAAUGAAUUGCAAGUUUUCAUAUCGAAUGAUGGUACCAUGAUAAAAUCCAAUGUUCAAGCAAUUUUAUUGCUGUUAUCACGAUUGUAUAUUAGUUACCAUUUUGACAGUACGGAUAUUGCUUGGAAGAUAAAUGAAUUUGUUAAUUUGGUAUCACAAUGCGCUAAAAGCCCUGUACAUAAAACGCGUGAACUUGCAGCUAGAGCACUGGUGCCAUUAUUAACGGAGAGUACAGCCCAUAUUGUUGUGAAAAAGUUAUUUUUUGUUUUAUGUACGGCACAAGAUACUCAGAUCUCAGCAAACCUUACACACGGCUAUUUGCUACAGAUAUUAGAAAUCUUAACGAGAUUGCCGUCUGUAAGGAUACAACUAUUAAAAUCUGACGUCACAGAUUUUUUACGCGCGACAGAUUGGAUAUUGAAAGGAUUGGAAAAAAGAGCUAAUGGAUUCAGUUGCUUUUCCAUAGCUAGUGUAUAUAUCGAUAUUCUUCAUGAAUUAUAUAAUUUAGACAAAAAUAUGAUUGAAAGUUGUAAUAUGGAAGAUAUAUUGCAUAUUCUGCAGCAGCACUUAGUCGAGAAAGAUUUAUUACGACAAGGACCGGGCGAGCAAAUGUACAAAGUGUCCAUAAUUAAAUUCAUACUCUGCGUGGAGAGAUAUUCAAAUUUCUUGCAAACGGCACACAACAAGAACAGUAAAAUGUACGACAUUUAUCCGCGUCUUCUGAUCGUGCCAGAAGCCGAGAUACAAUAUAUUGCUUGGACUACUGUUUUCGAAAUGAUGAAGAAGGAAUCUUAUCAACAAAAAAAAUUAUUGAGUACUUACACUAUUCGUGCUGCAGCCGAUUUCGCUAAAGAUUUAUACAAAUGUAAUCCUAAAUUACAAGAUGCGGUCUUUGAUUUUUUAUAUAACAGAUUGAUGGAUAAAAACGAAUGCUUCACUGGCAAACGUGAAAUUUGUAACUUAGUUCUUAGAGAAAUGCAUCUACGUGAUGCAAACAACAUCUAUUCUCAACGGGUUAAUUAUUUGAGAUUACUAGGAAAAUGUAUGACAACAAUUACUUAUCAAUUAAAGGAUAAAGAGCUUAGGAUGAAAUAUACAGAGAAUGUCUAUAGAAAAGUCUGUGACAGUAGUUGGAUCGGUUCAUUAUGCGAAGAUUUCAGAUUAUCAGUUUUCGAUAUAUUGUACGAACUUUUUGAGAAAGACAUCGAUAUCGAACAUUGCCAUCCCAUAUUAGAUUGGUGGACAAUGUUGUUACAAUUAUUAGUUGAUGAUAAUGCGGAGGUUCGGCGCGACGCGUCCAAAUUGAUUUGCAAACUCAAAUCGUGCAAUCAAUUGGAAUGUCUCGAGAAAACUUUAUUGAUAUUUUUCCAAAACUUUAACGAAAUGGUCGCCGAUAAGUAUCCCGGAAUAGCAAUUGGCGUUCUUUUCUGCUGGAGCGUCUCAUUAGGAGAAACGGAUUACGAAAUGGAUGAAACCGAUGUAUUCAACAAAUGUAGAAAUUACGAUGUUUUCGAGCCCGUGAAGAUAUCAAAAUUGUGCUUUGAUUUAACAAAAUCGAUAAAGCAACGAUAUUCCAUUGAUAGUGCUUUACCACCGGAUGCUGUGAGAUGGAUAAAUUACCGUUUAGGUACUGAUUUUCCUUUAUUAUCGUCUUUUAAAGAAAUCGUAUGUAAUUAUAGGAACAAUAUGCCAAAACUUGAAAAAAAAUUAGAAGAAAUUUUAGAUCCAACAUAUAGGGAUAAAUUAUUGCAGGUUUUAGCAUGUGAAAAAUUUGGAUCAUUAUAGUACAAGAUAAACUGUCACGUAAUCGUUAAUUUAAUUUCACGCGUAUUACAAAUAAAUAUAUAAAUUUAAUAAAA